CCGGUCGUAGGUCGCGUGCGGGCGUUCCAGUUAGUAACAAUAAUAUUCUCGGGGGUAGCACGCACCGUGGCGCAGCACACAACACUAUAUUGUAACGGACGUUUUUCGCAUUUUUUUCUUUUAUCAUAUUUUGAAUUCGUGUCCCGUUUUUCUAAAACGUAUCUCUUCGUCGGGUUCCUUUCCAACACAGUAUCACCCACCGCAACGUGAUAAGACACGCGGACGCAAUAAUCGUAGGUACGAUUAUAGACCACGCACCGACUUACUCAUUUGCAGGACAUUCGUCCCGGGAACGUUGCAGUAUCGUCAUUAUAUAUUAUCAAACAACGUUUAGCGCGAGUCCGGAAGAAGAUAGCGUUUGGACAGCGGUGGUCCGAAUCAAAUGAUUGUUUCAAGGUCCAGUUCGUAUACCAAAUGAAGGGUUCUCUGCAACAACCAGGCAAUUCCACUUUUCUCGGAAAUCAUUUUUUGAUUGUUUCGAAUACGCGAUAUCAUCACGGUUAAUACUCUUCAAAAACAAGUAAAACAUGUUGGAUAUCAAGAGGUCGACUUCCAUGCUUACAGCACCAGCAAACUCGGAACCAGACACGGAUCUGACCAGUCUGAACUGGUUGCACAGUUUGACGAACAUACUUUCUGUGCCAUCUCUGCCUACGCCUCCUGAUUCGCCUAAUUCACCCACUCGUUCAGCAGAUCAGAACCCAAAAAAACUUCCACACAAAAUCCGUUUCCAAAUGAGUUUGGAAAGUGCUGAACAAUACAAAAACAAUGGAGACAAAAAACCACCAUUUUCAUACUCUACGUUGAUUUGUAUGGCCAUGAAAGCUAAAGGAAAUAAAGUUACUUUAAGUUCUAUUUAUGGUUGGAUCAGGGAAAAUUUUUUGUACUACCGAAACGCCGAUCCUAGUUGGAAAAAUUCAAUCAGACACAAUUUAUCGUUAAACAAAUUCUUCGUGAAAGUGCCACGAUCUAAAGAUGAACCAGGUAAAGGAGGAUUUUGGAAGUUUGAUGUCGAUUGCUUAGAAGGUGGUGCUCGACGUAAACGAACAAGUAGCCGGAGGCGGGCGAGUCGGAUGCAACAAAAGAACAACGUGACCAAAGGCCACGGCCACGGAGAGAUGACCGUCGAGGACGAAAAAGCGCUCCAGUUGGCCGUCAUGUCGCUGCAGGAAGAGGAGCAACGACAUAUGGACAACAAUUUGGACGGUUUCCACCAGCAGCCGAUGAUACUUCCUGUCGACGAGCCGAUGGGCGAACCCGAGUUGAUCUACAGCUGUUCGAUAAACGCAGCCACCGUGGAUCCGUUCAUGUCUUCUGUAGUCGAUUACACGAUAAUUGACAUACCCAACGACCAUCAUCAGCCACAAAUCGCCACGGACGACGAGCUAACCAUGCUCACGAACUUGACGUGGGACGAUUCGCAAAUGGACCUGCUCGAUUCGUUGCUAGACUCGUUGUAGACCGGUUUUAAUAAUAAUUUAUUAUAUUAUUAAUAUUGUGCAGUUGGUAUGCGUUAUCGGAUCCUAUAUUAUACUAUAUCGUUGGCAUUAUUAUACAUAAUAUUAUUAUUGUGUUGUAAUGCCAAAUCCAUUCCAACAUUCCGUUUCGAGUGUUUUGACGUGUCAAAGUGAAACUAGUCUUUUUAUUUUUUAUUUUUUAUUACUAUACUUAAUUUAACUUAGAACGAAACGGUGAGAUCGAAAUUGUGAUACAAACUGUUUGGAUAGAGCUUGAUAACUAUUAGUGUAUACUUAGAUUUAAUUACCCACUACCGUAGGUAAGUCACUAAAGACGUAGCUACCUAUCUUACCAGUUUGCAACACAGAUACUUUCCGUUUCACCCUGUAUCGCUAACGGGAAUACAAACGACUUGUAUAGAAAAGUCA